UCUGCAGGAAUAUAACAUGUUAUCCCGGGAAGUAUUUAUCUCAUAGAGAAAGCUGCAUCCCGCUCUUUUCGGUCACCAAAAAUCUUCGAUAUAACUUAGAUAUAACUUUUAAGGGAAUUUCUAAAUACAAAAUAUCAGAGGAAAAUAUUCAAGAUUUAAUUACAGACUUGAUACCAUUCAAAAUAAAGAAGAGCGUAAAGCUAACACAAAAUAUUUAUUUCAAUAUCUUCCGUAUGGAAUAUGUCCAAAAUGACUCCGGAAAAUUCUAUGGAUGGAUGCACUCUACAAUUUUCAUCAAUGAAUCUGUUCCUAGACUAGAUACUAAAAGAUUACUUUUACGAUUUACUGAAACUAAAUUGGAAUAUAUCUUCAAUGAUACCUUUAUUUUGUUUGAUUUGAAGAACAAAUAUUUUUCGUUAGGGACAAAUAACAGCAACAUAACAGAACUAGCAACGGAGAAAGAUCGAUGUUCAAAUUCAAAUUAUGGUUCAUUAUGGAAUCAUAUACUUCAAUAUCGUGCAGCUCAUAUCACUAACGCAUUAAUGUGCAAACAGGUGGAAUUGAAAUUAGAGGAGUUUGAAUUUGAUAGCAAUCAAAACGCGGUGUUUUUAAAGAGUUACGAUAUUUCUCUAUCUGCUGUUAAUGCUGAUAUCUCAGUGAAUGGUACUCUCCGAGUUUGUGUUGAUGACCUGCUGACUAAAUUCAAAACGGGGAACAAUUCGAGAAGAAUUUUCAGUAAACUUUCUGCUGUAUUUUCUAUCUUAUCGUGUGUAUGUCUGUUGAUAACGUUCCUCACCUACUGCUUCUUUCGAGAACUAAGAUCACUUCCAGGAAAAAUGAUAAUGGUUCUUGUGUCUACCAUAUUUAUCAUCAAUAUUGUAUCUUUGGCGAGUUACGAGGAAGACAAGAACAGCACAAAAUGUACCGUCGUUGGCAUUCUUCUUCAUUACCUCUGGCUCUCGUCUUUUACGAGUAUGAACACCUGUUGUUUCCACAUGUAUCGGGUGUUUCAAUCCAGAGUACCACUGUUGAUGAACAAGUACCUGUUUAUGAAGUAUUGUAUUUACAUCUUUUUCCUGCCACUUUGUACUGUUAUGGGGAAUAUGAUUGUUAUGUUUUCAAGUCGGAAGAAUGUUGGUUAUGGAAAGCAAAUCUGUUUCAUAGAUGGAAUGAUGUCCUUGAUAAUUACAUUUCUAGUUCCGGAAAAGACAGGAAGUACUAAAUCUACGGAACUCAGAAGUGCGUGUGAAACACCCAAAAUGUUGACAAGUGAGAACAGGUGCUAG